AUGGAUGACAUUGUCGAAAGAAAAUAUGAAGUAUUAAAACAUUAUAUUAAUAUUGCAUUGUCGUUGGAAAUUCAACAGAAGAUCAGUGAUCAAUUUACAGAUUAUUUUUCAGUAUCAAUGCCUUCGAAUCUUCACCAACGUGUUCUCUGUGAAGAUCGCUUGAUUUUAUCGACUCGAUAUUCUUUGGAAAAGAACAAUCUCAUUCUUCGAAGAAUUGCUGAUAAUAUGAAUUCGUUCUAUUUGGGAAAUCUACAAGAGUUUCAAACAAAAGCGCAUGAUUAUUUUUCAAAAUCAGAUGCUUAUAAUGUGCUAUUGAGUAAAUAUAUAGGCAAUGGUGGUCAACAAUGGCAAGCUGAAUUGAAACAAAUGGUCUAA